AUGACGGCCGAGGAGUUCUUCUGGCACGCCUCCAUGGUGCCACCGACGGCUCCGACGACGGUCCGCCACCAGAAUUUAACCUGCAGUCCUAUCUUAAGUGGAUAUCUGAGAAAACGUUUCGAUUUUACACAAAACACCCUGGCGUUCGGAGUAUUCAACACGCGGUCCGAGCAGCUUUGUAAAGAAAAAAAAGACAACCACACACGCACGGGCUCGCCUCCUCUCCCUCUUGCCGACGAAGUCACCGCCGCCGCCGCCCACGCCGGCCGCUUCCGGCGAGCUCCGGCGCCGCGCAGCACGGCCCCGAGCUCCCCAUGCUCCGCGCCUCCCUCCCCUCCGGCCAGAUUCUCAUCUCCUGGCCUCUACCGCCCGCUCGCAACCACACCCCCGUGGCUAGGGUUCCGGGCAGUGCUUCGCCGGCGCGUCUCCGGCGGCCCCAGACGCAGAUGGAGCACGCCAUGGGAGUUCCCCAUCCACCAUGGUCGCCGUCGUCAAGGGCUUCUUCAAGGAGAUGUGAAGGACGCCAUGGACCUGCAGCUACUCAAGAGGUCCCUCAAAGAGAAGCGUUUUUCAUAUGCUCCUGAAUCUGGUGUGCGGUAUGAUGGAGUUUACAGUUUGAGAAUUGUUGGAGGAAGACUGGUAUUCAGCAUGUUGUCCUUUGGUUUCAGUUCCUGUAAUGUCCGUAAGCGGAGGGUCACAGAUUCACAGGUGUAAGGAUCGGUACAAUUGGGCCUCGCAUUAUUUUUUUUCUAGAAUUGGGUGUGCAUACUCUCUAAACUGAAUUGAGUGAGCUAAAUUUGUGCAUCUAAAUUGUAGUCUGUAGCUUUAUGUGUUACGUCUUAAGGUUCAAAUUGAAGAUUGCCUUUGGGAGUAGUUUUAGUUGGUAGAAGUUUCAUUCUACAACUACGCACACAUUAUGUGCUUAAUGUGUGGCAUAAACAUGAUCAGUUUUAUGUUUAGAAACCAAAUCACUGUCCACCCAUUUUAUUUCUUCAUGACUAUUUUGUGUUGAAAUCAGAUCACCA